UUUGAAUGCAUGUAUCCAGACGCAUUUUGGUUAUAUGGAAUACCGCCUUAAACUUUCACUAAUUGACGAUGAUGAGGUGCCCCUCUUCAUAUCUAUUGCGAUCAACUUUGCUCAUGUUCGAUUCGGUAACCACGCUUUCGCUGAUAACGUAGCAUUGCAACGAGAUAGUGUGAGAUUUGCACGUAUCUGCAACGUGUCUGAUAUACGAGUGAUUUGUGGUGAACAAGUGAUAAGAAAACGUAGCAUCAUAAUCUUCGAUCAGCUGCAGAAAGAAUUCUCCAGGUUUUAUUCUGCGUUUAUGAUCAAUCUGCAACAACGAAGAAAUCGUUCAUCCUUCUCUCCUUUUUUUACAAAGAUAGAGAUUGACACUUAUCUGAGAAUAUCUAGAAGCGAUAGAAACGUAGAGACAGGUCGUGGUAUACCCUCGUUAAGCUUCGUGGCCAGUUUGAACUGUGUUGAUCUUCUCCACGCAAGCAGGUCAUCUCUACAACCUGUGCCAGGCACAUUGUCGACAUGUCGUUACUCGGCUCCUGGUCACCACGUGGAUUUUAUGCGAUUUUACUCACACAUUUACCGCAUAGCACUCCAGAAAUCUGUGGUUUUUGUGGUCGAUCGUUAGGACUACCGGCCACUUGUUCGCCUUAAUUAAUUUGAUUACAGUUUAUAUUAUUCUUGCAUUUCCUUUUUUCGGUUCUAUCUUUCUCCGAUCUUAUUAAACUAUCUGUAAAUAAACAUUUGAUUAUAAUACUGAUCAUCUCUAUUUAAGAAUACUAUAGUAUAUUUUGUUUUCUCUAAUUUUAUUAUCAUAAUCAAUAUCAUCUUACAUUAACCAUUUCGAUUGUACAUACAGUUUAUGAUGAAGUAUAUUCAAUUCUUCAUUCUGAAUAUAUCAUAUUUAUUAAUUAUUUCAUAUUUCACCAAUUUAAAUAUCAUGAAUAUUGAUUAAUUGCUUAUAAAUAUUAAUGAAAUUAAUUAUGUCGCAAGAGUGACAAAGAGAAACUUAGAACGAGAUAUUAUCUAUAUAUUAAAUAUCUAAUAAAUAUCUAUUUGAUUUUCUGAA